CUCCUGCAAUUCUCUUGGCAGGGCUCGUGCCAGGCCUGCUGAACCUGGGCAACACGUGUUUCAUGAACUCCCUGCUGCAGGGCUUGUCCUCGUGCCCCUCGUUCAUCAGGUGGCUGGAGGAGUUCACAGCCCAGUACAGCACGGAGCAGGAGCAGCCCCAGCAGCUCUCAGUGACUCUGCUGCAGCUCCUCAGAGCUCUGUCCUGCCAGGAGGUGCCCGAGGACGACGUGCUGGAUGCCAGCUGCCUGCUGGAGGUGCUGAGGAUGAACAGGUGGCAGAUCUCCUCCUUUGAGGAGCAGGAUGCCCACGAGCUGUUCCAUGUCCUGACCUCUUCCCUGGAGGACGAGCGGGAUCGGCAGCCCCGUGUCACCCAUCUGUUUGAUGUGCAUUCCCUGGAGCAACCAGAAAUAAUCCAAAAGCAAAUAAGCUGCAGAACAAGAGGAUCUCUUCCCCCUGUGUCCAACCACUGGAAAUCUCAGCACCCUUUCCAUGGAAGGCUGACCAGCAACAUGGUCUGCAAACACUGUGAGCACCAGAGCCCUGUGAGGUUCGACACCUUCGACAGCCUCUCCCUGAGCAUUCCAGCAGCUGUGUGGGGUCGUCCCAUGACACUGGACCAUUGCCUCCAUCAUUUCAUCUCCUCAGAGUCUGUCAAGGAUGUUGUGUGUGACAACUGCACCAAAAUCCAGGCAGCAGGAAUUCUGAAUGGACAGAGCAUAGAAAACCAGAGAACAACAUUUGUUAAGCAAUUAAAGUUAGGAAAGCUGCCCCAGUGUUUGUGCAUCCACCUGCAAAGGCUGAGCUGGUCAAACCAAGGCACUCCCCUGAAGAGACACGAACACGUGCAGUUCAACGAGUUCCUGGUCAUGGACAUCUACAAAUAUCGGGUUCCUGGUCCCAAAUCCUGCCAGGAGCAGCUCAGCCAGAAAAACUCUGAGGAGACAACCCCUGGAAUAAAGGAUGGGAGAGCAGGGAAACCUUCAGAUGCAGAACAACCAGCUGGUACCAAACCUCUCUUCAUGAAUGGUGCCUCCUCUUCCUCCUCCUCCUCUCCCUCAUUUUUAAUGUCCCCAGGAACUUUCCCACUUGCUGCAUUCCCUGAGUGCAGGGCCCCGCUGUACCUGUACCGCCUGAUGGCCGUGGUGGUGCACCACGGGGACAUGCACUCGGGACACUUCGUCACCUUCCGGCGCGCGCCGGGCGCCCGCGGCAGCCAGUGGCUCUGGAUCUCGGACGAGUCCGUGCGCAGGGCCAGCCUGCACGAGGUGCUGGCUGCCAGCGCCUACCUGCUGUUCUACGAGCGCGUGCACGGCCGGGCCCAGCCCCAGAGCCCGGCCCAGAGCUGA